AUAUAAUUUCUACCAGAAAUAUUGUUCAAGACUUACCAAACGAAGGGCAAGAGGAGAGAAGUCCAGUCGUUGCCCCUCUGGUCAUCUCUAUUCUCUGCGCCUUUGUUUUUCAGCUCUACAUCUCAAAAGACAAUCCUCUGCAAUUUGUUUCUCUUUUCUAACAUAAGCACCACUAUGAUAUUUGUGGGUGGAGUUCCUUUCCCUACAGAUGAUUCUUCUUCUUCUCAGUCUCAGGAACAUGACAUCCUGACAGCUUUAAUGGAGCAUCCAGUUUUGGUAUCUGCCUCGUCUUCAUUGAAUGAUGUUGAAGAAAGGAAGUUCUCUGUUUCUAAAGACUCUAGUUUGAGUAUAUCAAGACAUAAUACAUGGGUUUACAUUUUCCAGAGAGAAUAUGCAACUGUGGAUCCUGCACUUGUCGAUGCGGUUGGCACGGAUGAGGCAACAACUUGUGUAGGCAUUGUCAUAAGAAACCAAAAAAGUGGAAUGACUUCUGUUGCUCACUUGGAUUCACCAUAUAUUGUUGAUGUUGGCCUAGACCAGAUGUUGGCAUCUGUUGUCAAUCAAAGCUCAGAUGCCAUGUUGGAUGUUCAUAUAAUUGGUGGCUUUGAUGAUGGCUCGCCUAAACAUGUUAAUGGUAUUACGGAAGGUCAUGCAGAAUUGGAGGGCUAUUCCUUCCCUUUGUGCAAGAAAAUAGUUGAAAGCCUAGCAAAGAGUAAUAUGAAGUUCCAGAUUCACACUCUUCAUGUUCUUGGGCACAAUACAAGACGAGAUUCUGAAGGAAAUUCAUACCCCAUCUUCUCUGGUUUGCUGGUGGAAACUGCCACUGGGUCUAUUUUUCCAGCAAGCUUUGAUGCAACAACAAGAUGUCCUGAUGAAGUUGUUAGGAGAAUACGAGUGACUGCAGCUUUUGAGGACGGUAGUUGGGAAGGAAGAUUAUUAGAGACAUAUGAUACUCAGAAUGACCAAUUCGUGAUUGCUCCAUGCACUUGGAGCAUGCGUAAGAUACAUAUAGCCCUCAUGCUACAGAAUUUAUCUGACCAAGAAAUCCUUCUUACAUGUUCCACUUCUCCUUUUGCCGAGGCUCCAGAUUUCGUGGAUGGCCUAAGAAGGCAGUGGGACUAUCUAAUCCAACACCCAGAUUGGAGAGAAACAUUCCCUUCCAAACAGCCACGUAUAUUUCAAAGGACACAAGAUAAUAUCUGGGUGAGGCACCAAGCAAAAUUAGCAAUUCCGGAACUGAAAGGAACGGAGAACUAGCAUUGUAAAAGUGAAAAUUUAAGGUUACAGUAUAUAUUUUAUCGGAAAAAAGAAUCAAAUUUUAUUACUUCCCUUCAUUUAAGUGAUGAGUUCAAUAUUUUAAAAUAUUUGGAAAAAUUGUAAUAAAGAAUAACCUCUUUUAACUUUCCAAAUGGUAGUGGUGCUACAUAACGUGGAACAUAAGGAAUACUACAUCUUCAA